GCCCUCCCCUUUUGGCAGUCACAUGGGCGGUUUCUGCUCUCCCGUGACACUUUUGAACAAAUAAUAGGAGAACGAGGCGUGCCAUUGCUGCUGUGUUGUUAUUGGGCAGCACAUCUUUCACAGCAUCAACUCUCCGGACAGCUCAGUUCUGCCUGUCCGGCCUGCAGCGGUUACAUUUGACCGUCCACUGCGCAUCUGACCCGGUACAUCUUCCACCAGAAACAAACCGCUGAGACCAGCAGCGAGAACCAGACUCAGUGGGCCACAAAAGAAGCAGGAAGUGUGUGAAACUGUCUCGGGAAGGUUCAACGAGGCUCUUCUCACCAACCAUGUCAAACGAACGCACCCCUUUGAUCCCCUCAGGGGUAUGUUGUCUGCCUGUGAGUGCCGUGGUGUGCGGCGCGGAGUCGGACACCACCCCUGAAUCCGCCUCCGAGACACCAAGUAAAGACUCUCGAAAACUAAACACUUUUUUCGGGGUGAUGGUGCCGACCAUCCUCUCCAUGUUCAGCAUCGUGCUGUUCCUGAGAACCGGGUUUGUGGUUGGUCACGCGGGGCUGUUACAGGGUCUAUUAAUGGUGAUUGUAGCCUACACCAUUAUAUCUCUUACAAUACUGUCCAUCUGUGCCAUUUCCACCAAUGGUGCUAUACAAGGUGGUGGAGCCUACUACAUGAUAAGUCGGUCUCUGGGCCCAGAGUUUGGAGGAAGCAUUGGUUUGAUGUUCUUUCUGGCCAAAGUAUUUGCAUGUGGAGAGUAUGUACUUGGUCUUGUGGAGGCAAUACUUGACGUAUUCGGUUCGGAUCCUGAGUCAUCUGUUUCCGAGGGGCUGCGGGUGCUUCCUCAGGGUUACUGGUACACAGUGCUGUACUCCUCAGUAGUCCUUCUGCUGUGUCUGCUUGUGUGUCUGGUGGGUGCCCACAUCUACUCCCGCACCGCCUUCGUCAUCCUGCUGGUGGUCACCGUAUCCUUGCUGUCCAUCUUCAUCAGUUCUGUGGCAGUCAAACCUCGUGAUUUUGUCAUCACCCACAAGGGAUCUGACAACCAAACUUUCCACUACAACGCCAGCUACACAGGCUUCAGCGCGAACACUCUGAGGAACAACCUGGGCUCUGGUUACUCUUUGGACUACAGCACCAACUCUGUCAUGUCUUUUGCCACUGUGUUUGCUGUCAUGUUCACCAGCUGCACUGGGAUUAUGGCUGGAGCCAACAUGUCAGGGGAUCUGAAGACUCCGAGUGUUUCCAUCCCUAAAGGCACCAUCACAGCUGUCUUUUACACUUUUACAGUCUAUGUCCUCCUCUUCAUCUUGGUCAGCGCCACAUGUGACAGAAACCUGUUGAUUCAGGAUUAUGGAUUCCUCCAGAAAAUAAACAUCUGGUCGCCGUUCGUCACCAUCGGGAUAUUCUGCGCUGCUCUGUCAGCUGCAAUGUGUGCUAUGAUUGGAGCAUCCCGUAUCCUCCACGCUCUUGCUCUGGAUCACCUCUUUGGUUUGCCAUUAGCUCCAGCUGCUAUCACAUCAAAUUCGGGGAAUCCGUGGGUGGCAGUGCUGUACACCUGGGGUCUGGCACAGUGUGUAGUGUUUGCAGGCCAGCUUAAUGCCGUAGCAAGUUUGGUGACUGUUUUUUACUUGCUUGCCUACGCUGCGGUUGACCUGGCCUGUUUGGCUCUAGAGUGGGCGUCGGCACCAAAUUUCAGACCGACCUUCCAGCUCUUCUCCUGGCACACCUGCCUGCUGGGCAUCCUGAGCUGUUUAGUGAUGAUGUUCGUCAUUAACCCUGUGUACUCCUCAGGCAGCAUCGUCCUCCUGUUACUGCUGCUGCUUUUCCUCCAUUACAGAUCGCCCACCAGCAGCUGGGGCUACAUCAGCCAGGCUCUCAUUUUCCAUCAGGUGCGCAAGUAUCUGUUGAUGCUGGAUGUGAGGAAAGACCAUGUGAAGUUCUGGAGGCCGCAGAUGUUGUUAAUGGUGGCCAACCCUCGCUCCUCCUGUCAGCUCAUCCUGUUCAUCAACCAGCUGAAGAAGGGAGGACUGUAUGUGUUGGGCCACGUGCAGCUGGGAGAUCUGGACUCCCUGCCAUCAGACCCGGUCCAGCAGCAGUACAACUUCUGGUUGAGCCUAGUUGAUAAACUCGGGGUGAAGGCCUUUGUAGACCUGACGCUGUCUCUCUCUGUCAGACAGGGAACACAGCAUCUGCUGCGCAUCACAGGCCUAGGUGGCAUGAAGCCCAACACAUUGAUUUUGGGUUUCUAUGACAGCUGUACUCCUGAGGACUUCUUCCUACAAGAUUCUGCAUUCUGUGACUCUUCGAUGGGUCAAGGAAGUGAGGGCGAAUAUAAUUUUGGGGUUGAUUUGCCUUCAUUACAGGCUCAUUUCCCCCCAGUUCGACAUGUGGAGAGCCCGCGCUGGCUAUCACCAGAGGAGUACGUAGGGAUCAUUUCUGACGCCAUUAAAAUGAACAAGAACGUGUGCCUCGCCCGUUAUUUCUUCCAGUUAGAGGGAGAGGGUAAAGAUAGCAAGGUGGACGGGUCAGAACGGACAAUAGAUGUGUGGCCUCUCAACCUGCUCCAGCCAGGCAGCCGUGAUUAUGAGGAUGUGUGCAGCCUCUUCCUGCUGCAGAUGGCCUGCGUGCUCAACAUGUCCAAUAAAUGGCGCCAUGCAAGAAUGAGAAUCUUCCUGAAUGUGGAGACUGAGUCUAACGACCAGGGCUGGGUGGUUAACGAAGAGACGUUCCGAGAGCUGCUGAGGAAGCUGAGGAUCAGGGCGUCGAUAAAGAUCGUUCCGUGGGACUCUGUGGUGCAGCACCACGUUCAGCCAGAUGGGGAGCUCCCUGCAGAGCCAACACAAGCUCUGUCUGAGGACUUCCUGUCCGCGGUGAACAGUAUGUUGAUGGAGCACAGCUCGCAAGCCACUGUUCGCUUCCUGUAUUUACCUCGACCCACUGGUCACCGCAGCCAGUCACAGCAGUACUUAGCUCAGGUGGAAGCAGUGACCAAUAGUUUGGGGCCAACACUUCUGAUUCACGGUGUCACCCCAGUCACAUACACUGAUCUGUGAGCAUGUGCAGUCAUGGGUUUUGUUCAUUAAUAUUAAAGUUGCAGCAAUGUCUUAUCUGUGUAAGUAUAAACUCUUGUUACAUGUAAAAUGAACACAUAAUGUAAAGAAAAGUGGAUGCUAAGGUACAGUAUGUAGCAGCAGUUACUAUACAUUCACCUAAUGCAGCUUUAGUUGUUGUUUUACUAAAGCUUACAAAAGGACCACAGUUGAGUGCAUUUUCAAAAUCGGUCCCUUGAGGUUUUUGCAUUCAAAUAGGAUACUUCCUAUUUACAUAUACUUGAACUGGCUUGGUGAUUGAGCCAAGAAAUGGGGGAAUACUAACUUUUGUGGGCGUGAUUUAUGUCGACAUAACCUGUUUGCAUUAGCUUUAGGCCUGUCUUUUCAAUUUAGACCGAAAUUAGAAAUUUGUCAAAGACUUCUCAAAACAAAAACACAUUUUGUUUGGAGCAAUACGGGUUGCCUCAGACAUUGAAUAUAAAAUGUCUAUAUAUAAUUUCAGGGAUGAAAUGAUGAAUUUGUUUUGCCAUAACAAUUGACCACAGUAAAAACUUAUUUUCCUGGUUCAGUUUCUUAAUGGUAUUGUGUUAAUAGAAUACACAUAUACAUAUAUGCUCGUUUUUAGUACAUUCUCACAUUUCUGCUGGUUGC